AUGUGGCAAUCCAUCGUGCUCUUUUUCCUCCUGGCUCCCCUGCUCGUAUGCUCCGCCGCCGACAAGUACCCUGCCUACUCGACGGCCGCCUCCACGGUCAGCAUCGACAACUCUUUGAUAGGUAGGCUCUCGAUUCGUAGCAUCCAAUUGGGACCAGUUCUGAACCAAUAAGACAUGUCCGAUCGGACGGACGGACGAAUGCUUUUGUGUGUGUCCUUUUUUGACGCGAAUAUGGUGGCGCAUUGUGUAGAAUAGAGUAGAAUCAUGUCUGUCGCGGUAUGAAGAAAUGAUUUGUGAGGUAGAAGAGUAAUUGGAUAGCAAAGAGAAAUGUGAUUUCGAUUCGGAUUCGGAUUCAAAUUUGAGUUUGUCAUUGCCAAGGUUAUCAGUUGUAGAAGUGACAAGGUUACGCGUAAAAGGUUACCAUAACAGAUCUCCUGAGUUUUCAGUAAAAUGACUUCAAUUAUACUACUUUUUCCACCUCAGAACAUGAAAUUCCAAAACACAAAGUCUCAAAGUUGUUCACUUUUUUCUUUCUGGAUCACCGAUCCGAUCCGAUUGCCAAUUUACCAUUUAGUCUCACUUUUCGCCCCCCCUUCUCGACGCCGACAAUACUUUCUCCGAUUUCUUCAACUUUUCGUCUUGCGCAACACAAAGCUUAUCCCCCCUUCCGAUCCCUCUCUCUCCAUUGCGAAAGAGAGAAAUGUGUCAUUAUUAUUUCGCACCAAUGGACUUUGCCGUCUACAAAAAACGAAAAGAAUAUGUAUAUAUAUGAAGUAGAAGCCUACUCACUCUUUGUACUAUGUACGCCAAAACCGAAACAAGUUUGACACGGAAGAAUGUUUCGAAUCGGAAUCGAGAGUAGGGGGCGCAAGAAAGUGACCUUCGACUUGGACCGUUAUAAUUAGAGUUUGCGGUCGUCAAAGGCUUUUCAAUGGCAAAUACAUGAAAUCGGCGAGCGACACAAAGGGAAGUACCUGGCAACGUCAUUCUGUUUCUGAGGUCAACCCACAUUACAGGCGAGCCCGAAGUGGUCUGCGAGACGGCCUCCAUCUCCCUGCUCUUCAAGACGCGUAAUUCGUUCAACGGAAAGGUUUUCGUGAAGGGAUACGUGGCAGAGCCGGCGUGCAUGUCCGUGGGCGAUGGGAAAACCGCGCAUCGCUUCGAGGUCCGUCAUGAUUCUUGUGGAGUGCGACGGCAGCGGGAGAUCAACGGAGUCGUCAUCUCGGCCACCGUUAUCAUCUCCUUCCAUUCGGUGAGUUUCCAGACGAUGAUUCUAGGCCCGGCAACUGACUUUGUUUCCAGAUCUUCAUCACCAAAAUCGAUCGGGCCUACCGGGUGAGCUGCUUCUACGUGGAGGGCACCAAGAAAGUGCACAACCACGUGGAUAUCAGUGCUCUCACCACCCAACUCCUCGAGAGUCAGACUCAACUUCCAGUCUGCAGGUAUCCUAGUGUGUUACUUUCUCGGAACACCUCUGUAACUUUUGCGUCAUUUACAACUUGCCAGCCAAAGUUUCGUGUGCUUUGCGCAAAGGGUCUGCAGAGGUUUGCCGAGUUAGACCCGUUUCACUAGUCCCUUUUAGAUAUGAGAUCAUGAACGAGGCGGGAGGCUCUCCGAUCAAGUACGCUCGCAUCGGAGACCAAGUGUACCACAAAUGGACGUGUGUGGCCGAACUCGAGAACGUGUACUGCAUGAAAGUGCACUCUUGCACAGUCUACGACGGUCAGGGAGGUCCUCCGGUGACUGUGAUCGAUGCGAACGGAUGCUCCGUCGACGGGGUCAUCCUGCAGAAUUUGGAGUACACUUCCGAUCUGACUGCCGGCAAAAUAGCGCCGGUUUUCAAGUUUGCUGACAAGGCCGGCUUGUACUUUAACUGUCAGAUUCAGUUGACAAUCAAAGAUGUCAAUUAUGGAUGUGCCAACACGGUAAGUUAUACUUUGUUAGGAACGUUCAUCUGUCUCUUCAGCAACCGCAAUGCCCGUCCUCCCAAUACGUCGUGGAGCCGGCUCAGAAGACGACGGAGACCGCCGAGCCGUAUCCGUAUGAAAACCACGAGUCCGGCUACCCAACCCGUCCGGCCAACUACGUCUCCAGCCGCGGAUACCCGACCGCAACCACUCAGUCCCCCAACUAUCCAUCGUCUCCAGCUCCUCCGCCGCCUGGGACCAACCUCGACAACUCGUACCCGGAGCCGCAACCGAUUUACAUUUCGGGCACUCCUGAGAAUGCUUAUGAGCCGCUUGUCGGAUUCAAUGAUACUGAACAGGUACAUCUGAACCUCCUGAACUUUUAACUUUCUGAUCUUGUUUCCAGCCCUUCACAACUUCGGCUGCUUACACUGAAGACGGAGUGUACAGUCGGUUGAUCAAGAGAAACGUUGCCGAUUCCGAGCAGACGGGCGCCAAGAAACGGCCAGUGACAGUUGGGGACAUUGACCUGCCCGAGCGGGGGAUCCUCGUGUUCGGGUUGGAAGAGGUCGAGGAGGGCGAGACGGCGACUGGGGACCACGGAGCGACGAGGGCGUUGAGGGAAGCCCGCGGGCAGCAGGAGAAGACCUGCUUCUCCACUUGUGAGUCCGAUCGGAAUACGGUAGAAUCUCAGCGUUGUGUACUUCAGCUCGAAUGUACUUCACCCUCGUCCUGUUGUGCCUUCUCUUCGCCGCCACCGUCGUCGUUUUCAUCGUGAUUGUCCAGAAACAACGACAGAUUCUGGCACAAACCGCGUUCUUCAAGCCAUAA